GCCUGGUGCGGUGGCUCAGCUACGACGGUCAUGUGGCCGAAGAGCCCGUCAGGGUUAUAGAUGCGGCGCCGGAGGGCUGUUUCCUGGCUCCGAUCGUCCUCGCGCCAGCCGCCGACGACUUUCCUCGACGACAGGUCUUUCAAUGCCAGAACCCUCCAGCAGAUUCAACUCAGGCCCUCAGACUUCGCCUUUUGGAGUCCCGGCUCCACCUGCCGCGCCUGGUCGGGGCCACCUCUAUAGUUUGGUCCAAGGCGAACUCCCUGUUCAACAUCUGCACUUGGGGCCAUGCGGCCUGUCGCAUGGCCAACAACCGAGUAAGGAUGAUUUUGUACGGAGCCUCUUCACAUCUCAACCUGGUGUGGGCCGGCCGCUUGGCUCGCAGGGCAGGCAACAUGCUGCAGCGCGGUUGCAUUCAGUGGGAGGUUGCUGCUGGGACCACUUGUGGGCUCCUCCGUCGCUGGAUGAAGAAGCAUCAUUGGCGAGAGACAGGUCCCUGGCAGUGGACUCACCAGUUUUUCGUGCGUGAGCAGUGCGCCCAUGCACAUGCGCAGGUCGACCUGCGUAAUCAGGCCUUGCUGGAUGCCAACCUUCAUGCCCUUAGGCGUGCAUGGCACCGGGCUCGUUUCUUAGAAUGGCUGCAUGGCAAUACUGUCAGGCAUAGGCAUGAAGCUCAGGAGAUGCAUGAGGCUCAUGGUGAGAACAACAUCCUUAAGGCUUUCCAUGCUGUUGACUUCGAGAAGAUUCGAGGUUUCCUUGCCCUCGGUCCGGGUCACAGAAACGUCCUCUUGGGCAUGGUUGUCAGUGACAUGUGGCUGUUCAAGAGUGGCGAGCGGGCCACUGGCCUUUGCUCGCUCUGCAGUAAUGCGCCUGGCACGUUUGCUCAUUUGAUGUGGCACUGUCCGCACACCGCUGCAACACGGCCUGCUCGCAUUCCUAGCUGUCCUUUGGAAGCUCGACUAGGGGGAGACACGGGCAGUCUGAGGCCUGAGUGGCCCGGCUGUCUGCGACGGAGCUUCGGCUCCCGUGUUUUAGGUCGUCUGACCUCAGCUACGGACCUGGCUCUGCGCUUGCUGCCUGUCGGCUCUGGUCGCAGGGGUGCAGACUACGACCAAGGGUACCUGCACUACAACGACAUAUAUACCCUGAAGGCGACGGACACCCAAAUCUUGGACAUCCUUAUGAAGGACAAGUUCCCGCCGAAUUGGGAGGGCUGUGUCUGUCCGUUCUGCAACAAGGGCGUCCUGGGACCAUUGUCUACCAGAUCUCAAAGGGAUACCAAGGCAUACCGGUGCAACAAGAAGAAUUGCCAGAAGUUUGUGUAUCCGCUUCAUCUGCACCCCAUCUUCACUCUGGUUCGUGGUCCCGAAGGGCACAGUCUCCAAGUACAACAAGCUGUCGCACUUCUUCUUCGUCUGGCUGGAGUUUCGCUUUCCACCAUCCACCUGCUCACCAACAUCAACCACAAAGCAGUCGAGAGGAUGAACCACAAUCUCAACCUCGUCCGCAGCGGUCACGUCACAAAGGUUGAGAAGAGCAUCAAAUUUGGUGGAGAUCCCAAGGCAUGGAAAGACGUCGAGGUGGACGAGGCAUGCUUCGACAAGCGAACCCUGAAGCCUUGGAGGCAUGGGAACAAUGGGGAGGUGGAUUGGACUCCUGUUGCCCAGAAGUGGUUGAAAAACAGGCAUGAAGUGGGUAUGGGUCAAGCCUUCAUAAAGGAGCGUCUCCGCCUCAAUCAGCAUGGUAAGGCCUCCUCCAAACAGCUGGCAGCACAGAUCCGCAGUGCCCAAUAUGAGUAUUGGUACCGAAACGAGGUCAUCCUCGCUGUUUAUGUUGACAUCACGAUGAAGGCCGCGAAGGAAACUGAGGCGCUCACAGCUGAGCAGCACUUCCGCGAGUCGAUCCGAGUCGCUCGCACAACCCGGGAACUGCUGAAGCGCUUCGCUGCCGCACAUCGUUGGCUAGAGCAGCACAAGGAUGAAGACCAUCGUGAGAAGACUAUAGACAUAUUAGAAACGACGAAGAGCUCACGCUUCAGCGACGAAGACGUGCACGAAGACUUGGCCAUUAACAAGGAGUGCUUCUUGAUGGCGAUCCAAGAUCGGGAGGUGCAGCAUCUAAUGAACCAGUUGGAUCUGCCGCCUGAUCGUGCCAAUCUUUUCGAAAUCAUUGAUGCGGACGACUCCGGGGCCUUGCACAUCGCGGAGCUUGUGCAUGGAUUGCUGAAAGUACGCGGCGAAGUGAAGAAAAGCGACACUGUGGCUGCGCUACUUGCAACCAAAUCUGUGCAGGAGAUGGUACACGAGAUGCAACAAGAGCAGAAGGCUGACAUGGAAUACCUGUGUCGGCUCGUUCGGUCGUUAUCAGGGCCUCCACGAACUGCGCAGGUGUUUCUGGUGCCCGGCUGGUUUGGCUGCUUCUCACCCGCUUUGAUUCCGAUUUACUUUGUGUUCUUCGACAUCAUGAACUGCAUUGGCCACUGCAACUUUGAGUGCAUGCCAACUUGGGCACAGACCGGGCCGCUGAAAUAUUUUGUCUACACGUCCUCGUACCAUUCCCUGCAUCACAGCAAGUAUAAGUACAACUACUGCCUCUUCUGUCCGAUUUGGGAUUACCUUGGUGGCACAGUUCAUCCGACGACCGAGUCCCUGCACCAGGAGGUCUUGCACCAAAAGAGCCGACAGCUCGACGUUGUGUUCCUGGCGCAUGGACAUGGCCUUCACUCCAUGUUGCAUCUGCCAUGGCUGUCUCCCUUCUUGGCUUCCCAUCAGCACGAGCAGCGAUGGUGGAUGCUUCCCCUGCAGCCACUGACCUUCCUCUGGGUGCUUUUCUGCCGGCACUGCCUGUCCACCGCCUGCGUACAGCGCUAUCACUACCGUAGCACUCAGUGUGCUACCUGGUGCCUGCCUGUGACGGGCCACUUCUACUUCAUGAAGUCGCACAGGAAGCCGAUCUUUGACAUGCUGGUGCAGGCCGUCAAAGACGCAGAUGAUGCCGGCGUGAAGUACCUGGGAUUGGCACACCUGAACAAGGCCGAGUUUCUGAAUCAAGGAGGCAAAGACCUUUUGCCACUCCUGGGCGACCGGAAGAUUCGCAUCGUGCAUGGCAACACGCUCACGGCCGCCGCAGUUUGGCAGGCACUCCAGGAGCACACGCAGCCCAAGGAUGAGAUCGUCUUUGCGGGAUCCACCUCGAAGAUUGGAAGAGCCUUGUGCAUACUCCUGGCGCGACGUGGCCACACCGUCAGGAUGAUCACCGGAUGCGAGGAGCGCUUCCAGAAGAUCAAGGGAGAGGCAGGGGAGUUCGGAAAGAACCUUGUAAGGGUCCAGACGUACGAAGAAGGUGUGGGCUGCGGCGUGUGGAUCUUGGGCAAGUGGAUGGAGCCAAAGCGGAUCCAGGCAUUAAUUCCUCCUUCUUCACUGAUCAUCGAUUUCGCUGUUCCACACGUCAGCGAGGAGGUGGCAAAGGACUACAGGUACGUCAAUGGUGCAGCGCUGAGCUACAGUUUGAAAGAGACGGACCUGACCUUCUGUCACGACGUGCCGAACACGGUUCCGGCAUGCAUGGCGGCAGCCGUCAUCCAUGCCCGGGAGGACACCCAGAGACAUGAACUCGGCGAGGUGGAGGUUGACGAGGUCGAAGGAUGGUGGGACAAGGCUUCCCGCCACGGCUUUCGCCUGGCCUACCGGGAGCCGAAGGGGAAGCGG